AUGGAUAUAAAAGACAAAAGAAAUAGAAAACCAUCCUCACAGCCCAUGGUCUCGAGAUCAUCGGGCAACGAACGUUUCACCGAACCGGCUGACGAUACGACUGCCGCUGCCUCCUUACCGGCGUCCGCAUCCACAGCACCAGGCACUAGAAAGCGCAAGGCAGCUGGAAAGAAACCUGGGGAGAAGAAUGUGGCUAAGACAGCCAAGAUGGAAAACGAGGAUGAGGUAGUUGAUGACGAGGACGAGGCAGCCGGUGGCAAGAAGAAGAAGAAGAGAAAGGCUGCUAGGGAGACCUCAACUACAGGUGACGCAGUGGCAGAGGAUGAGGAUGAGGAUAAGUCUGGAGAUAAAGUAAGAUGGAGAAGGAAACCUGGAGGGCGGGAUGCUGCCAGGAACUCUACAUUAGGAGCUGGGAUAGCUGAAAGCGGAGAGAGAUCUGAGAUGACGAUCGAAAUGCUAUCGAGGUGGUCGUCAUGCUUGUGGCAGGAUACGGGAAUCCAUCGCUCAUAUUCCAUACUUCAUUGUUUGUGA